GGGAUAGAGAGAGGAGGGGUGGGAGGACGAGAGCAGGGAACAGUGAGAAUUCAUGCUGUGUUAGCAUCCCCUCAGCAACUCCAUCAAUACUGCAUACAGCUGAGAAACUGGCAAAGGUCCUCCAUGCUGCAUUUGCAGGCUCAGCCAGGGAAACAGAGCAACUCCCACGACCGGUCGGCUCAGUCUGCUGCUGCUGCUGGAGGGGGGCUCUGUGAGGGGCAGAGCACACACACACUCACAUACACUCACACAUACUCACACAUAGAGCCUCUGCUGCAUCAAGAGGCAGAAGAGGAGAGCGGAGGAGGGUACAGAGGGACGCACAAACUGGGAAUACUCCAGUGGACAGAGCCAAUCCAGGAGAGGGACAGGACUGUUGAGGAGACUCAUGUGCUAAUAUGCUUCCGUGCUCCGCAGGGGAAGCUGAGCACCAGGGAGUUUGACAGGAUCUCAGUGCACCUGCUCCAUGGCACACUGAUUAUGUGGGGGAGCUGAUGUGUGCGAUGGCCAGCCUGGACCUGCAGGAUCUCAGACACACACUUCUGUGUUAUCGUUACCUCCCUACCAAGCAGCCCAGCCCGAGGAUCUGACUACACCUCCCUCGCCUCCCUCUCCCCCUCCCUCCCUCCCUCUCUCCCUGGGUGUCCCUCAACCCUGGGCCCACCAUGGGAGGAUGCUUCUCCAAACCCAAACCAGUUGAAGUUAAAGUGGAACUCUCUCUCCUGGAAAAAGAAAAAGAGAUGGACGGGCUGUCACCUAAUGGCAAAGCGAGUCCCUUUGCUGACUGCAGACCCAAUGGGGCCCUGGGACACGGCUCUGAUGAUGACUCCACCCCGCUCCCCCUCUACCACAAACCACGGGACUAUGUGGAGGCCUCCGUCUGUCAUGUUAAAGAUCUGGAAAAUGGACAGAUGCGAGAGGUUGACUUGGGAAGCGGCAGAGCUUUGUUGAUUAAAGAACACGGGGAGUUCUCAGCCAUGGGCCACAAGUGUCCACACUACGGAGCACCGCUGGUCAAAGGUGUGUUGUCUAAAGGACACGUGCGCUGUCCCUGGCACGGUGCAUGUUUCAACAUUGCAACAGGAGACAUCGAGGACUUCCCUGGGCUGGACAGCCUGCCUACCUUCCAGGUCAGAGUUGAGAAGGACAAGGUGAUCAUUCGUGCAAACAAGCAGGCCCUUCAGUCACAGAAAAGGUCAAAGCCCAUGGCCCGAUGCUCAGCAGUCAUUAACUCCAGCACAGGCUUCAGCCAUGUUCUCAUCAUUGGCUCAGGUCCAGCAGGUCUGGUCUGUGCAGAAACACUGAGGCAAGAGGGCUUCACUGAUCGCAUCGUCAUGUGCACCAUGGACAGACAUCCUCCAUAUGACAGGCCUAAACUGAGUAAGUCCUUAGACAGCACAGCAGAGCAGCUGAGAUUGCGCUCCAUGGACUUCCUACAGGACCAUGACAUUGAGCUGCUCACAGAGAAAGAGGCCGUGGCGAUAGACGUGAAAACACGAUCUGUGACCUUUGAGGAUGGCUUGAGGAUGGAGUACAGGAAACUCUUUAUUGCUACAGGAAGCAAACCGAAACCGAUGAAUUACAAAGGCAAAGACGUCAGGAAUGUGUUUCACCUCCGGACGCCUGAGGACGCAAACAGCAUAGCGAGGCUGGCCAACAACAAGAAUGCUGUGAUUGUGGGAACGUCAUUCGUUGGCAUGGAGGUGGCUGCAGCUCUAACUGACAAGGCCCACUCGGUCUCUGUCAUCGGGGUUGAGUCAGUCCCCUUCAAAACAGCUCUCGGGGAGAAAGUAGGGAAAGCCAUAAUGAAGCUGUUUGAGGUGAACAGGGUGAAGUUCUACAUGCUGAACGAGGUGUCAGAGAUGAUUGGCCAUCAUGGACAGCUGAAAGAGGUGGUGCUGAAAAGUGGAAAAGUCCUGCGGGCCGAUGUGUGUGUUAUCGGAGCAGGAAGUAUUCCUGCAACAGGCUUUCUGAAACAGAGCGGCAUCCACAUGGACUCGAAGGGCUUCAUCACUGUCAACAAGAUGAUGCAGACUAAUGCUGAUGGGGUCUUUGCUGGAGGAGACGUGGUGAUUUUUCCUUUCCCGCCACGCAACAACAAGAAGGUGAACAUCCCUCACUGGCAAAUGGCUCAUGUACACGGAAGGGUAGCAGCUCUCAGCAUGAUGGGCAGAGCCACUGAGAUCAAAACGGUGCCUUACUUCUGGUCAGCCAUGUUUGGGAAGACUAUACGCUAUGCAGGUUAUGGUGAUGGAUUUGAUGAUGUCAUCAUACAAGGAGAUCUGGAUGAGCUGAGAUUUGUGGCGUUUUACACCAGGAGUGAGGAGGUGGUUGCUGUUGCCAGCAUGAACUAUGAUCCAAUUGUAUCCCGAGUGGCAGAGGUCUUAGGAUCUGGAAAGACGAUUAAGAAACGUGAUGUAGAGAUGUUAGCACGGCUUGGCAAGACUGGAGACAUUUCAUGGUUGAUUGACAAAGGCUCUCAAUGACUUCACAUCUGAAGACGGACCCAAAGUCCACCUCAAUAUGGACACUUAUGGUGCUGAGACACUGAGCAGCUAUCCCGGUCUGGACACACACUCUUUUUCUCUCUCUCUUUCUCACACACACAAACACACACACACAUUGGGAAGAGGACCGUUGCAGACACAUUUCCCUGAGGACGACACUGAAGCUUGCUUUUGUUCCUGAGAGACACUUUGACGUGACAAACGGAGCCAUUCAUGGUCUGAACACACUGAAUCACUGUGUUGGCAGGUCUUUUAUGACAAUGUUGUCAUGUUUCACAGCAAAGCAAUAUUGGAUUCAGCCUCUGUGCAGCUGCAAGAUGUAUCUACCUGUACACUUUGUUUAUAAGAAGCCAGGGAUGGGCAUUGGCAUUUGUUUUUUUUUUGUACAAAUAACAUUGUAUAUAGCUAUAAUCCUGAAUGCACUGUAACAAAAUAAGAACAUACAAUUUGAACUGGAUUUUUCUAAGUUUUAACAGAAACAUUUGAACAGAUUUGUCUGUGUGCUCGCAUACAGGCCAUAGAUCUGCAUGGUGUAAUAAAAUAUAAUAGUAGAUAAAACAAAUAAGCCCCUAAACAGAGAGUUUUCUAUUUAGAUGCAUCAAAGAAACAAAGUUUAAAUUUGCUAAAAAACAAACCCUGAAUGCAGCUUUACCACACACGCAGCUUUCAUUCAUAAUAAAUGACAAUUUCUAGGAUUACAACAUACCUCUUUGUAUUGGUUGCCUUGCUAGUAGAUUGCACAAAUGAAAUUCUAAUCGAUUGAUCACACACUAGUGCUUGCACAAUAGAUUCAUGUAUGUUUCUAACAUGUAGAUAUCACUUUAGACAAAUCCCAUAGUAGCUCAAGGAUAGUUUUGAUAGCUGUCACCUCUGUUGGGAUAUUCUUUGUUACUAACUCAGGGAACUGAGGUUUGUGGCCUGGUCUUACUGGGGUUACUGGUCCUUUUUGCAAGCAGAAAUGAAAUUGUUGCUUUAAUAUGUUGUUUUUUCCCCCCAGUUAUUCUCUCAUUUUCAUUCAGAACUGCUUGUAAUGGGUGUAAAGCGAGGGUAUAAAGAGGAUGCUUGAUUGCAUCCUAUUGUGCUGAUGAUCUCAAAAAUACUUGAGCCCUGACACACAGUGUUUAAAAAAAACAAACAUUGUUGUUCCUACAGAGAAGCCUGGAAUGGCAUUUUUAUAACUAAACUUUGAAAUAAAAGUCUU